AUGCUUAACAAGCCCUGUGGGGUGGCAGUGAAUGAUCAGGAUGAAAUUGCUGUGGCUGAGUUCUUGAACCGCAGGGUUUCAGUGUUUAGUAGUGACGGUACCCACUUAAGAUCCUUUGGUAGGAAGGGGCAGAAUAAUGGUGAGUUCCAGGGCCCUGAAGGGAUCGCUUUUGAUAGUCAUGGCAAUAUUGUAGUGGCAGACAGAGGAAACCACAGGGUGCAAGUCUUUGACAGGAAUGGUAACUUUCUUAGUAAGUUUGGUGAACAAGGAAGUCUUGAUCAUCAGCUUCAAUACCCUGAAGGUUUAUCAAUAAACGGUAACGGUGAUAUUAUUGUUGCUGAUAAAGGUAACAAAUUAAUCAAGAUAUUCUCUUCUAGUGGGGAGUAUUUACGUAAAUUUGGUGGAUCAGGUUCUUUGGUCAAACCCUUUCACUGUAUCCAACACGGUCAAUAUUUUAUAGUCUCAGAUGCUGAUGAUCAUUCCAUUAAAAUGUUUAACCUGAAGGGAAAGUUUAUUUCUAAAUUUGGAAAACAGGGGAACAAGGAUGGAGAGUUCAAUUGGCCCGCUUAUUUGUCAGUUAACAAAGAAGGAUUGCUAAUGGUCUGUGAUUCACAAAAUCACAGAGUUCAAGUAUUUGAACUGAGUGGAAAGUUUGUUACAAAAUUUGGAAGUCAAGGUAGCGCCAGAGGGGAGUUUAAGAUCCCAGUUUCUACAGCAAAUCUUAGUGAUGGAAGAAUAGUUGUGUGUGAAUUUCAUAACAACCGAAUCCAGGUAUUUGAGCAUAAAUGAGAUAAUUUUGCCAGCGAAUACAACCGUCACUCCUCCCUCCUCGUCGUUAGGGACCUUUUUCGGGAAACAUCUCUGCCGCGAAACUUCCUAAUAGCGGCGAUGAGCGAGGAGAGACAGAUUCGUAGCGUGAAGCUAGAAAUAAUCCUACCUUUGAUGUAAGACUUGAGAUUCAUCAGUUCAAUAUUAUAUAUUGAUCAUUAGAUACACAGUUCAUAUUUCUGGAGUAAAAUCAAUUUUGUGCGAUUAUUUUGUUUAGACGUUUUGAUGCUUGUCGAAAUUGAUGUAUUAUGUUCUACUUGUAAGUAUAUUUUGCCCACAAAUGAUAUAGAUUUCCACUGUCGCGUAAAAGUUAAAUUUGAAGCGCGUAAAUGCAAUACUUGGAAAGAAAAACUGCAAUAUAUUGAUUAGAUCCACAGUUUAUUUUGGUGAAAAAAAAAGCAAUUAAUUGAGAUACUUUUCUCUUACAUUGUAAGCUCACACAUUAUUUAACGAUUAGUUCAUGCGUCAGCGUGCGUAUGUCGAGAUAUUGAGCACGCGGGAAGUUUGGAGAGCACGAAAGAGGCGUAAGAGUUGCACGAGGCGCAGCCGAGUGCAACUCUAGCCUCUUGAGUGCUCUCCAAACUUCCCAAGUGCUCAAUAUCUCGACAUACGCACAGCUGCAGCAUGAACUAAUUGUUUUAUAACAUUAUCAAAGCGAUCAAUGCAGCAGUUAACUUAAAUUUUAUUAUUGUAGGGCGCGCUCAAAGCAGUACGCGUCAAUGUGACUAUAUAGUUUUUUCCUCACAGUUAAUCUUAUGUUUUUAUCCUGAAACUGAGAGAAAGUGUACUCUAAAAUGAUUGUAAAAUCCAUAUUUAGGUGCCGGAAAACUAUUGAUUUACCGAAAAAUUGUUAUUGAGAGAAAACAACUUUGCAAAGAAUGAUCUCACGCCAUAGCCCGCACAGCUCGCGGAGAUGACAACAACAACAACACUCACCUCUUUUCCUUACAAUCGGUUAACACAUUCAAACGUUUCCUCUAAAUUUCCUUACAAAACACAUGGUAAACGCUUCAUUGUCUAUUGCUGAGUUAUGGAUGCACUCAGGAGACAGAUUGUUAAGCUCCCAACAACUCGAGGAAUUACGAAUAGUUUAUUGACGUCAUCAGCGUGCUCAAUAGGAAUAUGAAGCACGCUCGCGCUGUUGAAUUUGAUUAGGCGAAUUUUCUAGCUAUGUUAUAAUACUAAUUUGCAAAUACUUUGCUUCAUAUCUAGAAAUGUAUUAUACUGUUCAAUAUUUACCUACCGCAUUUUUGAAAGUGUUAUUUUUUAGUCUGUUUUAACCUGUUCAAUAGCGAGCACAGCCUGAAUGGUUCACAUUUUGUAACUAAACGGCAUGUUUUUACUUAGCUUUUUUCAGUAGUAACAGACGUACACAUUUCUUAAAAAGAAAAAUACUAUUCCCUGUCAAUAACUCAAGUCAAGCUGAUUACUUUUUGCCUAAAUAAACAACAGUGUAAACUAAAUGCGUUGUUGCUUUAUUUUAUGUCUCAUAACUGAGUCAAGGGCGAAUUUACGGGUUGGGGAGGGGGAGGCCGCUGUCACCCCUUUUUUCUUUGAAAUUUUAUUUCAUUUUUAUAGAAAAUCAGAAAAAUAAAAAGUAUCUAUAUAGCUGACAAGUGUCCCGGCCACUCGUGUCUGAAUUUUCUGGAUCCACCCCUAGAAGCAGCAAAGUCGACAAUGCCACUUAAUAGCCUUGCUUCUUGUGUCUCGCUUAAGAGAAAAACUAAACAAAGAUAGCAGUGGCGUUGGAAAUUGCUGAAGGCCACCUCUCCCGGCAUUUUGUCUCAUGACUGCGCUACCCUUGCUCUCCUAGAUACCUUUCCAAAGGCGGCGACAUUAAGCAAACCCUUUUGAGGCUUUUCGUCGCGGUUUGUACGCUUUGACUUUUUCACUUGGUAACCUGGCUGGAGAUCGAUAUAACAAAACAAUUACGCGUACAAAUACUUCAGUUUUGUACAGCAUUGGGCACUGACUGGCAAACAAGUCGGGUUUGUUUUUCUCAAAAUCGGUUCAGCGUAGUUUUAGCUUUUCUCCCCAGUCUCGCCCUUUUGUGCGAUUAUGACUCUAGACCUUUUUUUUUUACUGUUCGCGCGGCGUACUUGAAUACGCAAAAACAACGUGACUGUUUUGCAGUUUACAUUGGGCAGGGGGCAGAGGAAACAAGGGAAAAAGAGGUACAAAAUAGUAUCCUCCCUACACACUUUUGACGAUUGUCCCAAGAGUUGUAGUUGCACCCAACAUUCCCUUUUGUGCUCGCUAUCAAAUAAAUGCAGUUUACAUGCCUUGAAACUGAAGUGGGAAGGUGUUCUUUGUUUAUUAUGAUCGAAAAUUUGUAAGAGAAGCGAUGAAGGAAAUGAACCAAUUAGAGUCGGGGAAUUAACCGAAACUAUUUCAUGAUUGUAGGUUUCAUUACAGUAAUUGUUCUAAUUGAAGCUCCUGUUUUUGGCUUUGUUUUGACUCCUGUUUUCACUCGUGCCAAGUCGUCUUUGCAUAACACGCGGCGGGAGCAGGGGGUGAUCACACCCCUUGCGCCACUAAGGAGAGACAGACACGACCGGGGACGGGGCAGCAUCCGCUUAAUUUUUAACAACAACAACAACAUCAACAGCGACGACAGUUUACCCAAUUUGAAAAAUAAUUUAUGACCGUGUUACCCACAAUUAGCAAAGCUAUUCCAGGUGGGUAACACUGAUAAAACAACAGUCGCCUUGAGUAAAUACAAAGUUCUAAAAAAAAAAAAGUGCGUAAAGCAGAUUGUAGCGGAGACUUGAGGGUCCCUCCUGUUCAAAGUUGAUCGACCAGAAUCGGUGCCCCUUUCGUGGACGUGCCUUUCUGUUCCUCUAAAGAGUUUUUUUCUUGAUCUCACCGGACACGUGCACACCACUGACAUCUUAACACUAAAACGUCCCUAGCUGACAGGAGCGAGGAGAGAAGGCUGUGUUCGCAAGUUAGAGAAACCAGACGAAGUGCUAUAAGUCUAGUUCAGAUGACCAAAAAAUAGUCUUCGUUUCCUUGGUCAGUACAGUGUCAGUCGGCGCGAAAUCACAUCCAGUCUAUCUGGCGAUAAUCCAUUCAAUUAAUUACACAUGCAAAAAGUUGAUUACGCAUGGCAAGAGCUUGUUUGACAGCUCAAAACGAUAUGUCGCUACAAAGACGGCCUCAUUCCAACUGCAGAAAUGGAACACUUAGUAGUAGUUUGAAUCAUUCAAACUGUAGCCUUUUAAAAAGUGAAUCUAUAGCUACUGAAUUGAAAAACAAAAUCACGGGUUAGUCGAUGUAGUUGAUGUAACUCUUUAUACGGUUCGUGCGAAUUAAAAGUUCUGAUAACGUAUUCAAAAUACAUCAUCAACUUCUUUUGAAUAUACAUCGAGGUUUUUCUUGUCGAGGGUGAGCCCGUUUAAAUAGGUGAUUAAGGACGUCAAUUUGACUGAGUCGUUAUUAUUUUUAGGUUUUCCGCCUAGGUAUGUUCAUGAAUCUGCUAUACUCGCUUAUUUGCUUUAAGCUUUAUUUUUUCACAGCGUGUUUUCAGCUUAUUAGCUUCACUGCUUAACAAUUAAUUGCUUUUUUUAAAAUAAUUUAAGUGAACAUGAGGUGGGCCAACUAAGACCAACUAAAACAAAAGAAGCUCUUCCCCUCCCCUCCCCUUCUAACGUUUUAUAAAGGUUAUCUCUUUGCCCUUACCCACCCCUUCCCCCUGUUCCUAGGCCACCUACCCAUCUCUUGACAUUUUACGAAAAGUAGAAGCCUGCAAAUACAGCUGUCUAAACUGAGAGAGCAGCAUUCGCAGGCUCGAAAAGUGGCAGGUAAACAGCAAAUACUUGCCGAAUACGCCGGUUUGGAUAAUGAUCACAAGAGGUUUUAACAUUAACACCUAUACAGCCUGGUACAAUUCGCUUUAUUAAUUGUUGUGGUCGCUGCUGAUUGAGACACAAAACCUCAAUUGACAACUGUCAAUCUCGUACUCAGAACUAUUGGUCAUUCCACACCCUAAAAACAUGGGCUGGAAGGGUAUUUUCGGGGUUCCUGGAUUUGACCAAAAUACGGUACGGGAUUCAGGAAAAACACAAAAUAUCUUGGCGGGAAACGGGAUUUGAUUGCUACCCGGGAAGCGGGAUUCACCACAAUUUAGGGCGCGGGAUGUAGGAUUUUUUUCCCUCUCUUUCAGGAACGGGAAAUCAUGACGACUCAAUACGCGUUAUUGGCAGCAAAUGCGAUUUAACAAGGCGAGCGUUCAGUUGUGUCUCCCAUCAACUGAGAAAAUAUAUACGGUGAUCUGGUUAAUGACUGUCUAACUGAAACGUUCAGGUAGUGAACAGACGAUCUGAGCGGACACAAGACUCACUAUUUCAACCAGAUGCCAAGAAAGUGCGCAUGGUGCAACAGCAGUCUAAUUUCCCUCUAUUCUAAAAAAACUCCUGAUCGCAGGUUUCCUUAUUUAUAAGUACAUUCAUAGUUUUGGCGUUGUUCUUUCGUACAGCCACAGCCGAGUCUGCUAGCGCCAGAAAAGACUAUUCCAGGCGCCAGACUAGGUGGGGACAGCGCAAAGAAAAGCAAGCAGAAAAAAAGCGUUGGGGGCUGCCGGAGAGACGGGGAAGAAACCCUCCUCUCGUCCCUCUCUCUCCCAAUUUCUUUUUUUUUUCCCUUUUUUUCCCUGCUCUGUUGUGCGCCACUUUGAAACAGGCUAGCGUCAGGACUAACAGCACGAUCCAAAAAGAUUAAAUGUUUUUUAUCCCGCUACGCAAUGAACACAAAGAGCUGUAGAGAUUCCAUUAUUAGAGGAAAUAAGGUAGCUGUAUAACUGAUGCGCUCAAUGGGUAGCUAAGAAUUUCACGAUCAGGCGCGGAUCCACACCGGCUUCUACCGUUUUAUGAAAAUCGGUCAGAUUUUUCGUAAACAAAUAAUCUUUUCAUAAAAAAAAAAAAAUUUUCCAAGUCGAAAUCUGGCCAAUAUCCGGUCUGAAUGACUCAGAAACCCAGGAAAGAGGACUACAGAAUGUUAAAAUCCCCCCAAAAUUCCCGUUUCCAUUUGGUGCAAGUUCUGGAUCCACUUGGAAACUAGGAAAUCGGUCAGUAUUUAAAGACCCGAGCUUGCACGUGUACAGUUUAUCCGAAUCAGUGAUGUAAAUUAAAAUAUUAUCUGAGAAGUUUAAUAAAAUAUUUUAAUAAUCCAUGCUUUAAAAACAAGCCGAUUAGAGGUAAAGGAUAUUUUUUAUUUUUGGAAAUACGUCAGAACAUCAAAACACGUCAAGCAACUUCAUUUAAUUGGCUAAUAAAAUAAAGGUUAGUCUAGGUCAAUAGUUUGGAAAGAAAAGGCUUUCAUUAUUCUUAGUUUCGCAUAGCCGCCUCCUCGAUCAUCGACAACCACACCUCAAAUUUCAAAACUUUCAUCUUUGUUCUCGACCUUUUCCAUGGAUAUUAAGACCUUGCUAGACAAUCUUCAUGAUGAAGUGUCCUGUUCUGUGUGCAUGUGUACAUUCACUGAUCCAAAGCAGUUGCCUUGUUUGCACAGUUUCUGUCUUCACUGCCUGAACGGAAUCACGAACGAGCGGCCUCCAUGGCAAAAUUACAUGCCCCGAGUGCAGGAGACAGUUUCAAAUCCCUGGAAGUGGAAAUCCCAGCGAACUUCCCACUAAUUUUCGUAUCAACAGUUUGCUAGAUGUCUUGGCAAUAAAAGAGUGCAGCACAGCUAACUUGAAAUGUGGAAACUGCGACAAACGGAGCGCCCAGACCUUAUAUUGCUUCCAGUGUUGUUCUUUCUGGUGCGAAGAAUGUAUUUUAGGACAUAACAUAAUACGCACCAAUAAAGAACACAGAACGCUGGCACUGAAAGAUUUUCAAGAUCAAGACAUCGAGGCCGUGUUAAAGAGACCGGCAUUUUGUCAGAAGAAACGACAUGAAAACAAAGAGUUGGAGUUCUUUUGCAAGGACUGUAAAGUCGCUAUUUGCAACACUUGUGUUGUAACACUUCAUGAAGGUCAUGGUAAGAUGCUUUUGGAAGAAGCUACAGACGAGCGCAAGACUCAGAUCAACUCCAUGACUCAAUCUUUAAUAGAAAAAGCACAAGAAAAACGCAAAGAACUCGAGCAAUUGAACCAAAAGAGCGCGGACAUUACACUGCAAGUUGCCGACUUUAAAAGACAAGUGCAGACGAAUGUGGAUCAUGUUAUUGCAAUCAUCGAAGCGAAGAAACAGAAUGUUUUUGAUGCAGUCGAUAAUCAAGCGAAAAAAUCACUGGAAUCUCUCUCAAAGAAAAAAGACGAAGUUGAAAAUCAAGUCAAAUUAAUUGAAUCGGCAAUUGAACAAACUAAAGCUCUUGUGAAACGAAGCUUUAGUACUGAAAUCCUUGGAUUCAGUGAAACAUUUGAUGCAAUCCUACAGGAAAAGGGCACCCAACAAAACCGUGACACUGAAUGUAUUCCUCGGUUUAGUUUUACUAGAAGUGAAAAACUGAUUAACGUGUUGAACAGUGAAGGGAUAGGUAAUGUAAAAACUGUUUCAAGCGAAACUAAAGUGAAACAAUCAGGAGCUAAAGGUAAAGAAAGUAGUAAAGUAAUUGCUGGGAAUAAAGGGGCAAAUGUUCGUGACAGUCCUCUUGAGGCUCAGGUACAAACCAGGCGCUUCAAAUCUGUGCUGUCAUUUGGACAACAUGGUGAGUCUGUUGAAAUGCUUAACCCUACGAGGCCUUGGGGGGUGGCAGUGAAUGAUCAUGAUGAAAUUGCUGUGACUGACUUCUGGAACCACAGGGUUUCAGUGUUUAGUAGUGACGGUACCCACUUAAGAUCGUUUGGUAGGAAGGGUAACAAUAAUGGUGAGUUCCUGUCCCCUAAAGGGAUCGCUUUUGAUAGCCAUGGCAAUAUUGUAGUGGUAGACUCUAAUAACCACAGGGUGCAAGUCUUUGAUCGGAAUGGUAACUUUCUUAGUAAGUUUGGUGAACAAGGAAGUCUUGAUAAUCAGCUUAAAUUCCCUCGAGGUUUAUCAAUAAACGGCAACGGUGAUAUUAUUAUUGCUGAUAGAAAUAACAAAUUAAUAAAGAUAUUCUCUUCUAGUGGAAAGUAUUUACGUAAAUUUGGUGGAGCAGGUUCUUUGGUGGAGCCCUGUCAUUGUAUCCAACAUGGUCAAUAUUUUAUAGUCUCAGAUUAUGGUGAUCAUUCCAUUAAAGUGUUUGAUCUUGAGGGAAAGUUUAUUUCUAAAUGUGGAAAACAGGGGAACAAGGAUGGAGAGUUCAAUCAGCCCCGUUCCUUGUCAGUUAACAAAGAAGGAUUGCUAAUGGUCUGUGAUUCAGAAAAUCACAGAGUUCAAGUAUUUGAACCGAGUGGAAAGUUUGUUACAAAAUUUGGAAGUGAAGGUAGCGGGAGAGGAGAGUUGAAGAAUCCAGUUUUUACAGCAAUUCUUAGUGAUGGAAGAAUAGUUGUGUGUGAUUGGUUUAAUAAUCGAAUCCAGGUAUUUGAGCAAACAUGA